ACUGCCCUAGUUGCACGGAUCUACUCUCAGCAUGAAGAUGCCUCUGGUGGGACUGCUGCUUGGCCUGGCAUGCAUUGAGUUGGCCCAGUCCUUGCAGUGCUACACAUGCAAGGAGCCAACGGACAUUUCCAAGUGCAGAACACCCACUGAAUGUCCCCCAAAAGCCAAGGUGUGCACAACAACUCUGCACUCUGUAGACUUAGGUUACCCAUUUUUUGGCAACGUCACUGUCACAAGAAGCUGUGAAGAAGAGUGUAUCACCUAUGACGGGAUAGGGUCAAAUAGACCAACAUCAUGCUGCUACACCGACCUCUGCUCUGAUGACACCAAGAGUAGCAAGGGGGAGAGAAGCAGUUCUGCAGCACUGGGUGUGAUGGCCAUGGUUUUUGGCACGCUCCUCCAGGGUGUUCUGUGAUGUUGAUGGAUAUCUGUGCUCCAGUCAAAGCAUUCUCACUCCUCUCUCUGCCAAGAUGCCUUGUGAACUUUGAGAUGCCUUGGGAAAACUUCUUCACUCAAGCAUGUCUUCACCCAUCUUCAGCGCCGUGAAUUCAACGGGAUUCAAGCCAGGAGUUUGGGCAUUCAGAACUAAAAUCCUCAAAUUUCCACUUUCCAGCUGAUAUAAACAGAUAUUCUUCACCUAUGGUUGCUUCUGUUCUCCAGAACCCACAUCUCACCUUGCAGCUUUCUUCACUGGGGAGCAAAGGUGGAUAAAGAGCAGUGGCUCUGUGCAGCAGGAGGGACUGGGCAGUACCCCCAAGGCUUGGGGUGACCCCAGCAAGAACAGGAGCUGUACUCACAUUGGACACGACAGAUCUCCCCAGCUCCCACACAGUGUACAUCUUUGACAAUAACCUAAUGCAAAACCCCCAAAAUACCUGCAACUCUUCACCAGGAUCUUGCUUUAUUUUCUGUCUCCAUUGGGUGCUAUCUCCUGAGCCAGACGGAUGUUGGAACCUUCCCAGUACUCAACAAGGUGCAGCAUGCAAUUGAAGGGAGCUGGCUCAGAAUAUGUUAAGCUGUCCAUAAUAAGUUAUGGAAUGAGUUCAGAAGGGCUCAGCCUUCAUGCAUGGAGAUAGGAUGUAUUUCUGAAAAGCUUAAAAGAUGUUCAGGAUGAAGAACCCAAGGCUAGCUAAACUGAUAAAAGCAAAUCAAGGAGUUUGGGUAGAACAAACUCCCAUCAUCCCUUUGCCUGAGCUCAGCUUGCAAUCAGAGCCCUUGGCUUUCUCCUUCCAGACGUUUCGCUGACUGUUUCAAGCAAUUUCUCCUGUUAUUCUGACCUUCCCCAUUCCUUCACAGCAGGGGUGACAGGAAAGGAAAAGUAAUGAUUAUUCCAGACCUCAGCUCUGGGAAAAGUCAAUGGCUCCACUCAGUGCUGGAGAUUUGCUCUGAUUCUCCCUUGGAGCAACUGCAAAAUUUGGUUUCAGUGCUUUGACUGCUGUAAAAACAGGAGUGGAAGCAGAUCCAAACAAGUUAGGCAUGCCCAGCUUAUAGAUUUUUUGGGAAGGGAAAGCUGAGGAACAUGUGUUUCUCUCUAGUCUUAUCCUUUGGAUUAUUCAGAGAACGAAAGAGGAAAAGGGCAGCAUGGGUACAUCCCAUGAACUGUCCUAACACGUUCAUAAUGUUCCUGCCAUGUCCUCUGUGGCAAACUCAGUUUUCACUCUAUCUCCAUAACAGACAUCUAGGAAAAAAACUUCAUCUAGGAAAAUCUAAGAGUAAGAAGGGGGCUUUCUGGAAUAAGAACCCAGUGAAUAAAGUUGGAUCCUCCA